GCCACGCGUCGGAGACGUCAGCGACCUGUCGAGCCUCUCCGGACGCAAACAUGGCUGGCGGUAGGAAGCUAACGAAGGAAGAGGAGCUUUUGCUUCAAGAUUUCAGCCGGAACGUGUCCACAAAGUCAUCAGCGCUGUUCUACGGGAACGCCUUCAUCGUCUCCUCCAUUCCGAUAUGGCUCUUUUGGAGAAUCCACCAGAUGGACCUGUACCAGUCGUCCAUCAUCUUCGCGGUGAUGACCAUCGCGUGCACAUGGCUGAUCGCCUUCGCCUACAAGAACGUCAAGUUCGUCCUCAAGCACAAAGUCGCUCCCAAGAGGGAGGAUGCUGUCAACCGAGAAAUCAUGAAGAAACUCUCGGAUGACAAGAAGAUGUCCAAGAAGGAAAAGGAUGAGAGGAUAUUGUGGAAGAAAAACGAGGUGGCCGACUACGAGGCGACCACAUUCUCCAUCUUCUACAACAACGCCCUCUUCCUGGCGCUCAUCAUCGUGACGUCCUUCUACAUUCUGAAGGCGUUCAGCCCGACAAUGAACUACGUUCUCUCUGUCGGAGGUGCCGCGGGACUGCUCGCACUGUUCUCCACUGGCUCCCAGUGAACACCACAUCUCUCUCAUGUCACAAAGAGUCCACGUGUCAAUAAACUUUUUUUUUUUUAUUUUGUA